AUGAUUGGAUUUACUACAGACCCUCGCUCCUCUCGCUCAUCACCUUAUUGCACUGACGUUGCUCGUGUCACAAAUUCUCUUAUCCUUCACGUUAACGCCGAUGAUCCCGAGGCGGUGAUGCGUGUAGCUCGAGUAGCUUCUGAGUGGCGUGCUGAGUUCGGUAAAGAUGUUGUCAUUGAUCUUGUCUGUUACCGCCGAUCUGGGCAUAAUGAAAUGGAUGAGCCAAUGUUUACUCAGCCACUCAUGUACAAACGUAUUCGACAGCAAAAGAGUGUUCUGGAUACUUAUUCUCAAAAGCUGAUUGUAGAGGGUGUCAUCACAGAGCAAGAAUUUAUUAAUGAAAAGGAGAAAUAUGACAAGAUUUGUGAGGACUCGUAUGAAAAGGCUAAAAAACAAACCGUUGUUCACAACCGGGCAUGGAUUGACUCACCCUGGGUCGGAUUUUUUGACAACAAGGAUCCUAUGGUGCUUCCGGACACUGGAGUUGAUGAAUCUAUUUUGAAUCACAUAGGUAUCCCAUUACUGGAAUCAUUCUUUCUGAAUUUUUCGUUCCUAUAA